AUGCCGGAAGGCGCGGUGCGACUGCCAGUAUUUCACACGUGUGUCGGGGCGGGCGGCGAUAGACACACCGCCAAGUGGUACAAUGAACAUGGAAUCGAUGUGCUGCUGGAGACGCGUGUGGUAUCAGCGGAUGUGCUGCGCAAGAAGGUGACGACAGCAGCGGGCGAGACCAUUCAGUACACCACGCUCAUCGUCGCCACCGGUGCCAGGGCGCUGCGGCUGGAGGAGUUCGGAGUGGCGAGGGCGGACAGCGGGCGCGUGUGCUACCUGAGGGACCUGCGGGACGCGGACAGGCUCGUCGCCACCAUGGCCGCCUGCAAGGGGGGCACCGCCGUGGUCAUUGGGGGCGGCUACAUUGGCAUGGAAGCAACAGCUGCACUGGUGGCCAACGGCAUUCGCGUCACUAUGGUCUUCCCUGAACCUCACUGCAUGCCUCGUCUGUUCACCCCGGAGAUAGCAGCGUUCUACGAGCGACUAUACGAGGAGAAGGGGGUCAAGUUCAUCAAGGGCUCGGUCAUUGUGGGCUUUGAACGGGACCGCACCACAAACAAUGUGGCGGCAGUGGCGCUGAAGGACGGGCAGCACAUAGCAGCGGACAUGGUGCUGGUGGGCAUCGGCAUCCGCCCCAACACAGCGCCCUUUGAGGGCCAGCUAGCCAUCGACAAGGGCGGCAUCCGCGUCUCCCCCCGCAUGCAGACCUCAGACGCCUCAGUCUACGCCAUCGGUGAUGUGGCUGCCGUUCCCCUGGGGAUCCACGGCGGGGCGAGGAGGCGCCUGGAGCAUGUGGACCAUGCGAGGAAGUCGGCUGCUGCGGCUGUGCAGGCGAUCAUGGCGCCGAGAGGGGCUCCCUCGCGGUACGACUACGUGCCGUACUUCUACUCACGGGUUUUUGACCUGUCGUGGCAGUUUUACGGGGAUAAUGUGGGCGAGUGCAUUUUGUUUGGGGAUGAGAUGGCCAUGAGACAAGCUUCUGGGUUGGCGACAGGCAGUGGCGCUGUUGCUGAUGAUGCUUCUGGAGCGGAGCCAAGAGGCAUGGAGGAAGUGCAUUUGGGAGCAAGCACACCGGAAGAGUCCAAGAAGAAAGAAGGUUCAGAACAGAGACCAGCAUCAGGACCACCAGUGUUGAGUCAACCCACAUCGGACAGCGGCAACCAAGGGAGAUCAGAAAGGAAGGUCAGGGCGCACCAUUUGGGGGCGUUCUGGGUGGAUAAGGGCCGGCUGGUGGGAUGCUUCCUGGAAGGUGGAACAAAGGAGGAAUAUGAGGUUUUGGCUGCUGCUGCUCGUGCCUGCCCCAAGGUGCAAGACAAAGCUGUGCUGGCAAAGCAAGGGACCCAAUAUCUGCUUGAAUUGGUGGCCAGAGGGCAGCUGCAAGUGCCAGGAGCAGGAAGACUGGCAGGAGGAAAGACGGUUGCACCAAAUGCUGUAGGUCAGAAGGGGAAAGUGGGUAAUGGACAGCGGGUUGAAAAGGGCAGUACAUUAACAAGAGGAGAAGUGGGAGGACAAGCUGUGGGGGAGAAACCUGUUGCAGCUGGUGGGGUGGCUGUGGGACAGAGUGACUUCUUAAUGCAGGCAACUACAGGAGUGGCUAUUGCUGCAGGCAUUGUGGCAUUGGCGUAUUGGCAUGGGCACAAGCUGCGGAGAUUGUGGUGA